AUGGGGGUUGUGACCAUCACACCCCUCACCCAGGGUCAAGGCAGCGACUACUUUACAGACUCGUUUUCCGAAGCCUCUGCACCGCCCUCCCCUUCCUCCUCCCCCCCCCACCCCCCCCCACCCAACCGCUCUGCACUGGCCGGCAGGCUCAGGACCGCUGGAAUAAUCCCGGGGCAAACAAUCGCUGGGAGAGCUGGCGGUGAUGAGAGGGAGCUGCUGGGAGCAGCAGAAAAAGCCACAGCCGGCCAGCUCCAGGUGACUGAGCCGCUCGCACCCGGUGGCAGUGGGCUGAGCCAGGAGUUUGAAGGCCAUUGGCCGGAGAGCCCAGAGAGGUCCCCAUGUGUGGCCGGUGUCGCCCCUGUCAUCUACUGCGUCCUGCUGCUCCUGGGGCUGCCUGUCAACCUCCUGACCACAGGGGCCCUGGCCCGCCUCGCCGCCAGGACCAGGAAGCCCUCCUACUACUACCUCCUGGCGCCCGCGGCCUCAGAUAUCACCACCCAGGUAGUGAUCAUGUUCGCGGGCUGCCUCCUGCAGGGAGCCGUGCUGGCCCGAAAGGGGCCCCAGGCUGUGGUGCGCGCGGCUAACAUCCUGGAGUUUGCUGCCAACCACGCCUCGGUCUGGAUCGCCGUCCUGCUCACGGUUGACCGGUACAGAGCCCUGCGCCACCCCCUGCACCAUCGGGCCACCUCAUCCCCAGGCCGGACCCGUCGGGCCAUCGCUGCUGUCCUUGGUGCUGCCCUGCUCACUGGCAUCCCCUUCUACUGGUGGAAGGACGGGUGGAGGGAUGAGGACCCCCCCCCCAGCACACUGGACGAGGUGCUCAAGUGGGCUCACUGCCUCAUCGUCUAUUUCAUCCCUUGUGGCGUUUUCCUGGUCGCCAACUCGGCCAUCGUCUGCCAGCUACAGAGAAGGGGCCAGAGCGGGCCACGGCCCCGGGUGGGCAAGAGCACCCCCAUCCUCCUGGGUGUCAGCGCGCCCUUCGCCCUCCUUUGGGCACCCCGGGUCUUUGUCAUGCUCCACCACCUGUACGUGGCCCCCGUCUACCGGGACUGGAGGGUCCACCUGGCCUUGGAUGUGGCCAACAUGGCGGCCGUGCUCAACAGAGCAGUCAACUUUGGGCUCUACUCCUUUGUGAGCAAGACUUUCCGGGCCACCGUCCAAGAGGUCAUCCAUGACGCCCACCUGCCCUGCACCCUGGGGUCACAGCCAGCGGGCGUGGUGGCGGAACCUGUGCUGAAGCUGCAGGACUCCCCAGAGGGGCAGAACCAUCAGACUGAGCUGACCUUUCGCCUGAAUGUGGUCUCAGGUGCAGAAGAUUAG